GACUAGACCGUGUGCUUUGUUCCACACCGCCUUGAAUUGAGACGGUUUAAAAGACAUACGUAUCUCUACUAGCGUCAGUAUUGAUUACGACUCAUUUGAAAUAACUCGCGACAAUAUGGCCCAGACUAGUGAACUGAAGACCGAAAUUUAUUCAUCCGCUUUGGAACUCAUCGGGAACACGCCUCUCGUCGCUCUCGAUAGAUUAUGGACGGGUCCCGGACGCAUUCUAGCCAAAUGUGAGUUUAUGAACCCCGGAGGAUCACUUAAAGACCGUUCAUCACUUUAUAUGAUACAAAAUGCUCGCGAUAGUGGAAAUUUGAAGCCGGGUGGAUCGGUAUUAGAAGUUACAUCGGGAAAUCAAGGAUGCGGCCUUGCGGUGGUAUGCGCCGUGCUCGGACAUCCCAUAACUCUCACUAUGUCAAAAGGUAACAGUGUUCAAAGAGCUAUACACAUGGAAGCGCUCGGCGCUAAGUGUGUCAGGGUUGCACAAGUUGAAGGAACGUACGGAAAUGUGACCUUGUCGGACGUGAAACAAGCGGAAGCGGAAGGCUUGAAGAUAGUCGAGGAGACUGGUGCUUUUUACGUGAACCAAUUCAACAAUGGAAUGAAUUCCGCUUCGCAUUAUCAUGGUACUGGACCUGAGAUUUGGAGGCAGACGGGGCAUCGUGUCGACGCUUUCGUGGCUACAGUGGGCACAGCUGGUACGUUUGCGGGGAUAUCGAAAUUCAUAAAGGAAAAGAAUCCUAAAUCUUUGUGCUACGUUGUUGAGCCGACUGGCUCGGAGCCUAUCAAGGGUGAACCAAUUACGAAACCCUUGCAUUUACUGCAGGGCUCGGGUUAUGGAUGCGUGCCUAAUUUAUUCGAGUUCGAUCAUAUGGAUGGCACACUCAGUGUCACUGAUGAAGAGUCAAUGAACUACAAGAAACUGAUUGGCGAGAAGGAAGGUCUAUAUGUGGGUUACACAAGCGGCGCUAAUGUGGCCGCGGCCGUGAAACUUCUGCAAUCGGGUAAGCUGCCUAAAGAUGCCUGGGUUGUAACCAUUCUUUGUGACACUGGGUUGAAGUACACACCCGUUCCAGAGGAGCUCACGUAAUGUUUUUUUUUGUAUUCUAAAUAGAUAUCCACUACCUAUUAAAAAUAGGUAACUUUUUUUUAUUUUUAAAGUGAAUUAUAUAUUAUGCGGAUAAUUAAUAUAUCUACUCAUUAUUUAAGUAAAUUAUAUUAAGUUGUUAACAAUGUUUUAUUUUAUCAUCAUCCUCCCCACUUCGAUAACAUUACAGCCUUGGGACUAGCCUCCUCUUAAAUAGUGUUUAAGAUAAUAAAAUGAACACGCUACUCCAAUGCUCCUUGUAGGGCUAAAGUUUGACGAGUAUUAUCACAAUUCCCGCGCUAGU